GCCAAACAAAGACAUGGGAAUUUUCACAGUGCUCUCUACACCACUCUGCCUUCUGUUUUUCUUCCUCUGUCUUAAAACUGCCUUUUCAUCCUCUAUACAUGCUUCUUCCUUCUUAACAACACACCUCUGCUCUCAUGAGGAGGCUGCUGCUUUGUUGCAAUUCAAGACUUCCUUUUCCAUCAAUUAUUCUAAAGCUUAUUCUAAGACUGAGUCUUGGAAGGAAGGUAUAGACUGCUGCUCCUGGGAUGGGGUUAGCUGUGAUAAUAUCACAGGUCAUGUAAUUGCCCUUGAUCUCAGCAAUGAUUGCCUUUCUGGCACCUUUCCUUCGAACAGCACUCUUUUUCUCCUCAAAAACCUAGAGAGUCUCAAUCUUGCCUUGAAUGAUUUUAGGCUUUCCAAGAUUCCACCAGAAAUCAAUCAGUUUACUAGACUAAAGCAUCUUGAUGUCUCUUCUUCUAAAUUUUCUGGCCAAGUUCCAGCAGAAAUUGCUCACCUCCCCAAGUUAGUUUCUCUCAAUCUCUCUAAUCAUUACGAUUCUUCUCACUUGAUCCUUGAAACAACUACCUUCAAAAAUCUUGUUCAUAACUUGAGUGAGAUGAGAGAACUUGAUCUUCGUGGAGUGAACAUGACAUCUGUUAAUCCUCGUUUCUUCAUGAAUCUCUCUUCUUCUUUGACUACUCUUGAUCUUUUCAAUUGUGGGUUAAGAGGAAACUUUCCAAACAGUGUUUUCCGCUUUCCAAAUCUCAAAAAUUUUUAUUUAAGUGGAGAGCAAAACCUCACUAUUGAUCUUCCAAGUUCCAAUUGGAGCAGUCCUCUCCAACGGUUGUAUUUAGGUGAUAUGGAUUGCGGAAGGCGAUUGCCAGAGUCUAUAGGAGAUCUACAGUCAUUACAGUAUCUGUGUCUUAGCUGCAACUUGGAAGUUUCCAUUCCAGCUUCCAUAGGUAAGUUAAGGCAACUUACUAGCCUAUACCUCUGUUUUAACAAUCUUAGCGGAGAAAUCCCAUCAUCACUUGCAAACCUUACCCAACUUAGUGAUCUUGACCUUUCAAAUAAUCAGUUUUCUGGUUCCAUUCCAGCUUCCAUAGGUAACUUAAGGCAACUUACUAGACUAGCCCUCAAUUCUAAUAAUCUUAGUGGAGAAAUCCCAUCAUCACUUGCAAACUUCACCCAACUUAGUGAUCUUGACCUUUCAAAUAAUCAGUUUUUUGGUCCCAUUCCAGCUUCCAUAGGUAACUUAAGGCAGCUUACUAGACUAGCCCUCUAUUCUAACAAUCUUAGCAAAGAAAUCCCAUCGUCACUUGCAAACCUCUCCCAACUUACCUUUCUUCACCUUUCAAAUAAUCAGUUUUCUGGUCCCAUUCCAGCUUCCAUAGGUAACUUAAGGCAACUUACUAGCCUAUACCUCUAUUCUAACAAACUUAGCGGACAAAUCACACCAUCACUUGCAAACCUCACACAACUUAGUGAUCUUGACCUUUCAAAUAAUCAGUUUUCUGGUCCCAUUCCUUUUCAUGCUAUUAGAGUACUUGUAUCUCAAUCAUAACCAAUUUCAAGGUCAAAUAAGUCAAUUCCAGCAAAACUCACUCACACACGUGGAUUUGUCAAACAAUAAACUCCAAGGUUCAAUUCCUAACUCAAUUUCUAAUUUAGUAAAUCUUAGUUUUCUCGAUUUAUCAUCAAAUCAUUUUAGUGAUUUAGUAGUACCUGACAUGUUCUCAGCACUUCAAAAUUUGGAAGCCAUCUAUCUUUCACACAAUAAUCUGUCCUUGAGAAUGAAUGUCAAUGCCAACUUCACAUUACCCAAACUAAUCGAUGUCUCCUUUUCUUCUUGUAACUUGAGUGAAUUCCCCAAUUUCAUAAGACAUUCAAAUGGUCUGCAAAGCCUAGUGCUAUCCAAAAAUAGCAUUCAUGGAAAUAUUCCCGAAUGGAUAUGUGAAAAGGAUGAUCUCGAAAUUCUUGACCUUUCUCAUAACAAUUUAAUCGGGAAGAUUCCAAAUUGUCUUCCUAAGUCUCUCUCAGUGUUGAAUUUGCAGGCCAAUUACUUUGAUGGAAAUAUACCAUUUGGGUUUCCAGAGGGCUGUGGAUUACGAAAUCUCAACUUACAUGGAAAUCAAAUGGACGGGCUAUUACCAAGGUCUUUGGUGAAUUGUCGCAUGUUAGAGGUUCUAGACGUUGGCAACAACAACACAAGUGAUACAUUCCCUUAUUGGUUGGAAUCUCUACCAGACCUUCAAGUGCUUGUCUUAAGGUCCAACAAGUUCCAUGGUUCUGUGCAGAGCACCAAACAAAGUCCAUCUUUUCCCAAGUUACGAGUUCUGGAUCUCUCCAGCAAUGAUUUUCUUGGUCCUUUGCCUCUUCGGUACAUGGAAAAUUUUAAAGCAAUGAUGGAACCUCAUGGAGAGGAUGGUUCCCCUGAAUACAUGAAGGCGCCAA